UCGCCGCCAAAUUUAAGACAACAAGCCGUCCUUCUCGCCAGCUGCAGCUGAUCACAAAGUGCUCUCCUUAAUUAGCCGGCCUAGUUUAGGUGGGAAUAUCCAGUCUUUGAAGAUGCCUGCUAUACCGAAGAGACCCUGCCCCGACCCAAUGAAUGUCUCCAUGGAGAAGAGAAUAAGGCGCAUUUCUAUAGAAGGCAACAUAGCGGCGGGCAAGUCUACCUUUGUGCGCCUCCUGGAGCAGGAGAACGCCGAAUGGGAGGUAGUACCGGAACCCAUCGCUAGAUGGUGCAAUGUCCAAACAACAAAGAGCGACUUUGAGGAGCUGACCACGUCUCAGAGGAGCGGCGGGAACGUGUUGAAGCUGAUGUACGAGAAGCCGGAGAGGUGGGCCUACACCUUCCAGAGCUACGCCUGCAUCAGCCGGGUGCGAGCCCAGAUCAGAUCUGCAAACGGAAAGCUGCGAGAGGCCGAGGACCCCGUGCUGUUCUACGAGAGAUCCAUCUACAGUGACAGGUACAUCUUUGCAGGCAACCUGUAUGAGAACGAGUGCAUGAAUGAGACUGAAUGGUCCAUUUACCAGGACUUGCAUAGCUGGCUUCACAACCAGUUUGGCAAGCAGAUUGAGCUCGACGGCAUCAUUUACCUCAGAGCUUCACCAGAGAGAUGCUUGGAGCGGUUGCACAAGAGGGGAAGAGAGGAGGAACAGGAUAUCCCCCUGGAAUACAUGGAGAAGCUCCAUUACAAGCAUGAGAGCUGGUUGCAGAAUAAGACCAUGAACAUGGAGUUUGAGUAUCUCAGCGGCGUGCCCGUCCUGACCUUGGACGUGAACGACGAUUUUAAACAAGACGAUUCCAAGUGCGCCGGCAUGAUUGAGAAGGUGAAGGAGUUCCUGAGCACAUUGUGAUGGAAAAAUGUAUCUGGUGCCGAAGGGGAAACACGUUCCUGGAAAAUUAAGAACAAUGAAAUAACCCAACAAUUAUCACCUCUUUUUAUUACAUUGUGUAAAUGAUCUGAAAAUCUGCACUUGUUUUAUUUUUUUUAAGUCUUGCUGUUUUCUACUUUUUAUGUAUUUUCUAAAAUGAAAUGAGAUUAGAGGUCCAUCCUUUUAUUAAAGGCUGUAAACAUCUAAUA